CCGUACAACAUCAAGGUUGCACAGUGGAACGUGGCCCGGGCAGGCCGGCUGCUCAAGGGAGGGGCCUUACAGAUGUGGUCCACAUGGAUUGGUAGACAACCUAUUAGUACUACCAAGAGUACAUAAACAUGCACUCUUGCCUAGCAUGGUUCUAUACUGUAUUCAGCAUAGUGUACGUAGAUCUACUAUUGUAAUCAUUUUCUACAAUGAAUGUUUAUUAUUAUGUGUUACAUAAUGUAAUAAGAACGAUGACGUAAUGGUAAUGUCAUUGAAUGCACUUUUGAAACAUUUUGCUGUCGUUUUGAGUUUUUGGUCUCACGAGAGAAGUCAGGUUCUGCAUUCUGGUGGUGAAGGCAUUUUGAUAUUUCAGUGGACACACAAUAUCUGGUUCUUGCCGUUGUUUUGGCUGUAGUGCGGCAUAAACAAAGAGGAUGGCGUUAUCAGCAACCCAGAAGGAGAUGGAGUUCAAGAAACCAGUGCGUUGCAUUCUGGACGUGUCCGACGUUGAAGUAUGGCAGAAAUCUAGUGCCUACGAAGACUUGAUGGGCUUCAUCUCAGCGUUGAACGACAGUGUAAAGAGAAAGCAGAACUCUGAAGUGGCUGCUCCGUCAGAGAUCCUGAAGAAAAUCCUCAGUGUCCUAGAGACACUUCAAUCGUGGAUAGUGGAAAUCCCAGCUGAGGAUGAUCAAGUUGGACGAUUUGGUAAUAAAGCCUACAGAAAAUGGCAGGAGCGGCUUGUGGAGAGAAAUGCAGAGCUGAUCACCAGUCUUUUACCUGAGGGUCUUGCUGGAGCUGUGGUGGAGCUGCAAGCUUACUUCACCGAUGCAUUUGGCAACAGUCGGCGCAUCGACUACGGCAGUGGACACGAGGCGAACUUUGUCGCGUUUCUCUGCUGCCUGUGCAAGCUAGGGAUCAUAGAGCAGUCGGACAGCCCUACCCUGGUCCUGCUGGUAUUCCAGCGCUAUAUCCAGCUCAUGAGAUGCCUGCAGAAGACUUAUCGUAUGGAACCAGCAGGUAGCCAGGGCGUGUGGGGUCUGGAUGACUAUCAGUUCCUGCCCUUCCUCUUCGGCUCAGCACAGCUGAUCGACAACGGUGUGAUCGAGCCAGACCAGUUUCCAAACGAUGGGUUUGCGCAGAAAUACGCCGACCAGUACAUGUUUAUGAGCGCGGUUGCGUUCACGUGCGAAAUGAAGACGGGUCCAUUCGCCGAGCACAGCAAUGUGCUGUGGAACAUCAGCGCAGUGAAGUACUGGAGCAAGGUCAACUCUGGUCUGUCGAAGAUGUUCAAAGCUGAGGUGUUUGGCAAGUUUCCCGUAAUGCAGCACUUUGUCUUUGGCUCCCUGCUGUCCUUCAAGCCGGCAGCAAAGUCUUAGAGCGACGGUUAUAGGGGCAGCAGAAGCAAUAGCAACAAUGGCUAUAGGCACGGUGGGUGUAAUGAUGUGUUCAUGGUCGUUGUACAACGAUGGCUAUGGGUGCUGUGGGUGCUGUGGGUGUAGUGGUGUGUCUAUGUUCGUUGUGCUCCCUGGCAAGCAUAGCAGUUACUUUGCUUGCAGUACUUUGCUUGCAGUACUUUGCUUGUACUGUGUUGGUACCAGAUGCCAGUGUAGUCGCCUCUGUGCCUUGUGUGCUCUUCCUUUUCAUAACGGCUAACUGCUGCUGCUGCUGUUGCUGCUGCUGCUGUUGUUGCUGCUGCUGGUGCUGUGUCUUUAAGAGUGAGGGAGCAGCGGCAGCGAAUAUAUCUAUUGCCGUAAUUAUACGACAUGGACUUCGAUGUGCUCUUCUAUGUUACCGUAAAGCCGGAAAGAUUGGUUGAUGAGAGUGCUUGCCGGCUGUACAGUGUGCAACCCCAGUUGUGUGCAUAAGUGGAGUGCUACGGUGCAGCCGUUUCACCUUUCUACCACCCAACUGUGCUGUGGACGUGCUUUCUAUUCUGUAGGUGACAUUGUACUCUAACUACUCGUACUCCUCUUCUCGAUGCUUGUUGGAGUGCAUGGCAAUUGGCAUGAGGUUUAUAGGUAAAUGUGACCGUAAUGCCAGCACAUGUGUGCUUGUACAUGACUUUGUACAUGCAUUGCUCUUCUAAAGCUUGUUGAUCUCUACGUACAUAGUAAGUACUUAAGUUGAUCUGCUUUUAUCCUUUUUUUAUUUUAUGCCCUGUUAUGUACUAUGUUUCUUCAGCAGUUGAUCCAUAUGUACAGUGAGCAAUCCUUCAAUGAAUUUCUAACGCUAUCCUUUCCCGUUGA